AUGCAAGACUACACGAUGCAGUUUGAGGAGCUUCAGGACAAGCUAAGCGAGGCCUUGGUGCAGCUACAACCUGAACAACUCCACGAGGUGUGUGAUUUUGCAAAGAUAGACACUGCAAAGCCGUCCAGAAAGCACACGCUGUUAAAAAAGAUAAGCACGGAGGUUGACAAUGUCAUUGAAAAAGAAGAGGAGACCAUAGCACUGACGUUUCUGCGAGCGCUAAUCGCAUAUGCUAAUGAUGCUAAGGAGAGAGCCGAACCACCGCCACCACAAGCAGCUGCAGAGACGAGCGUCAGCCACGAAGCAGAAGCACUUUCUAUUUUGCAAAAACAAUAUGCAGCUUUACAAGAAAGUUUUCUGGAGUCAACAAAGAAAAUUGAAGAGGAAAUGGCCAAGCUAACAACGCGAGGCAUGACUGGACAGCAGAGACGCGCUGAUCUGACGCAGCCCCUUGCUCCCCGACACCUCCAUUGCCUGAAGUGA